CUGCGCCGUCUGCGUAGCGGCCGCGCGGCGAAGCGCCAGGGGGCGGCCGCCGCCACCGCCUCCCUUCCCCGGCCGCUCUGCGCCGUUUGCGUAGCGUGCCCCAAGAUGGCGUCGCGGUCGUCGUCGGAGGCGGCGGCGGUGGCCGGAGCGGCGGCGGCGGCGGGGCGGCUGCAAGCGACGGGAGGGAUGAGGCGGCCGAAAGGCGGCAGCGAGUAGCGGCCGGCUCCCGGCCCGCGGGAGAAAGAGACAGCCAGAGCGAGAGACUUCUCGGGGAGGCGGGUCCCUGUCCGUACUCUCCCUCCCCCCCCCCCCCGGCCUUCCCCGCCCGCCCCUCACGGGAGCCCCGGCGGCUCCUUCCCGGCCCCUUCAGGCCUCGCCGCGCCCCCGGCCGCCCCCCUCCAGCCCCCGGAGCGGAGGAUGAUGAAGCUCAAGUCCAACCAGACGCGCACCUACGACGGGGACGGCUACAAGAAGCGGGCGGCCUGCCUGUGCUUCCGCAGCGAGAGCGAGGAGGAGGUGCUGCUGGUAAGCAGCAGUCGUCACCCGGAUCGAUGGAUUGUCCCUGGGGGCGGCAUGGAGCCCGAGGAGGAGCCCAACGUGGCCGCGGUGCGAGAGGUCUGUGAAGAGGCUGGAGUGAAAGGGACGUUAGGAAGAUUAGUGGGAAUUUUUGAGAAUCGGGACAGGAAACACAGGACAUAUGUUUACGUACUUAUUGUCACAGAAGUAUUGGAAGACUGGGAGGACUCUGUCAAUAUCGGAAGGAAAAGGGAAUGGUUUAAGAUAGAAGAUGCCAUAAAAGUUCUGCAGUAUCAUAAACCGGUGCAGGCCUCCUAUUUUGAAACCUUGAGGCAAGGUUGUUUGGCAAACAACGGCACUCCAGUCAUGACCACGACGUACUCUGAGAGCUCCGUGUCUGACAUCAGAUGACUGAAGACGUCCCUAGGAGAGAGAUUUUUCAAACCAGACUGAAACGUGGAUUUCCCUCCCCCCUCCCCUUUUUCACAUGCCUCCUCUAUCAAACAAGGCAUGGGCAGCAGUCUGUGGCAGAGCAAGUGUUAAGAGUGCUGCAAUUUAGUGCAAGGUGGGAUUUUUUUUUUUUUGUUGGCUUUUUUGCUUUUUGGAUAUGUAUUUUGUAAAAUACAUUUUGUGCAUGAAGUGCCCCUUUCCCGUUACACCGCUUCCAUGGCCUGGUGAGUGAGGCUGCCAAUUUUGCCUCUGCCUUGUGUUCUGAAGUGUCCCGUUUGUGUCAUCCCAGCCAUAGCCACUUUUUUUUUUUUUUUUAUUAAUUAAAAGACUUCAAAUGUGAGAUCAGCUCUUUAAGUCUUAGUCUGUACUGUAAGGUGCUGUUCAGACCCGCGUGGUGGUCACUUUCAGCGCAUAUGUAUAAACUUUUUUUUAGGUGGAGAAUCUAACGUUUUAAUUUUGCGGGAAUUUUUUUAAUCCUGGUCUGCUUCUGAAAAGAAAGGUUCAUAAUUAAUCUGUUUGCCUUUUGUUCUGUUUUUUUUAAAAAAAUACACGUUCUGUGACAGUGCUAUUGGCUGGGCCAGUUUACUCCUCAUUCAGUAUCCCCCGAUGUAGUGCAGUGACACUUGAAGUUGAGGGCAGAGUUUUGGUCACCUGCAGACAUCCCUGCUGCUCAGCCGCUUCUCCUACAGCUUCCGCCAAUGUUUCUGCUUCUUACAUCAGAGUGAAACAAACGGAGGUGGUCUUUUAACACUCGGCCAAAAAUAGCCUCAGAAACGCUACGACAGAAAAUGAAUUUAAUUGUCUGUGGUAGGAAUCAGGGAUUCGGAGCGGGCUCAAAGUCUGACAAACUGGAGCGUCGAUCACCAAUGCUGUUCUGCUGAUCCUGCUGCGUUCUGCUGAUGUCUCUUCUUGUCCACAUGCCUUAUACCGUGCUGAACUGGAUAUUGUAACUUGUGCUAAAGCAUCGGAUUGUACUCGCUGGGUGUUACUGCACGAACCCUUGGCUGGAUAACCGUGUGUAUUCCUGAGAAAGGAGCCAUGGGGGGGGGGAAAUGCAGGUGUCCGCUCUCUUGUCCUGUGGUUCUGCAGCACUUCCAGCUGCACCGUGGAGCGUGCUCAGAAUGUUUAAGCUCUCCCUCCGUGAAAGGUACAGCUGACUCCCGAGCAGAAUUGCUAGCUGGAGAAGUGCACCGGUCAGUAGGAUAGUUCCCCUGAUGCGUUGGCACACUUCACUUUCGUUUUGUUCUGUUUUUAUCGAUGUAAGUUUCAUGCUGUCUUGAUUUGCCAACAGUGUUGUCUAGUUGAGAAAUAAAAUGGGAAGGGUUGGGGCUGGGGGGUGGGUUGGGACAGGUACAAGUUUUGGGAGGGGCAUUAAUUAAUCCCUGGCUUGGGACAAGAAGUAGUUGCUGGAUUCAGUAACUUCUCCUUUGUCAGAGCAUAGCCAAGAUGUGAAAUUAAAUCUGCAGUACUCUCUUUUUUUCCUUCUUUAUUUAACAAAAAGAUAUUCUAAUAAAUACUCACUGUUCCGGAGUUUUUCUCUCUUCCCAAGAAGCGCUUAACAUGAAAAUCUGAUAGAAAUAUCCAUGGAGCCUGGGACGAGGGGGAAUGGUAUCCUUGCUGUUUUGGCAAGAGGCUGUUCGUUUUAAGAUCCUAUUCUGUUCCUGUUCUUGUUCUCCCUGCUUUCAGCGGUGUGGAGUAGCCAGGCCAAAAGCAGUGCCAGCGAUUGCUGACAUGAAAAACCGUGCAUAAGAAAAAGCUGGGAGGCAUUAUUCAAGAAGUAGCUUGAAACGGAGCGCCUGGAAUCGAGCCUAAAUUACACCAGUUGAGUUCACUUCAACUUAGAGACGAAUGUACAAUACUUCCUCACCCUGUGCUGAUCGCUCUGAACCAAACUUUGAAAAGGGCUUGAGUAUAUCGUACCUGCAAGCGUGCGAGAAAUUCAGACAGUCCGCUGUCACCGAGCCGCGAGUGGUAGCUAACAGCCAUCUACUGCCUUCGACUGAGUUUUUGUCUUUUCUGUACAGGUUAGGAUGUUGGAAAUGCUUUGCAACAAAACAGCUGGUACUCCCGAAAGAGUAACUGCAGUUUUAAUAUCAAUAGCAUGCACACUUUUUUUUUUGUUUUUAAACUAAAAAAAAAAAAAAAAUGUUUUUACAGGGCUGUUAAACUGACAAUUUAGGGUAGAAUAUUGUUAAUGACUUGCUAAUGGCUUAUUUGUUUGGGUCGGAAAAAUAAAUUGUGCCAAGAAAGUG